GCGAAACCGUCUGAAAAACACUCAAAUGGUCACACUGGUUGUGAGUAAAAUUGGUCAAGUAUAGACAUAAGAUAAAAGUAACAUCAUUUUUCGUUUGUUAAUUUCACAAGCAACUUUUUGGACAAGAACUGAAAUUAAAAUGGCAAAACGACAAAAACAUAAAGCUUUGGAGAUAAUAAUUUCAAAAGAUGAACAUUUGACUAAACUUCUCGUUUCAAGGUUUCUACAAUAUCCAUCAUUUAAAACUUUAAAAACGCAUUGCAAAAGUUUGGAAAUAUCAUGUAACGGCAUAGUUUGGUUGUCAGUAUGGUUGACGUUUAUAUAUUUAUUUAACAAAAAGGAUCUUUGCGAAAUGCAAAUCAAUAUGCUCUUCGGUCUUAUAAUGGAUAUAUUUCUUAUAGCUAUAAUAAAAUCUAUAUGUAGGCGAAGAAGGCCAACUGUACCAGAAGAUAUGCUAGUACUGGGUCCUGACAAAUUUAGCUUUCCAUCUGGACACGCAUCAAGAGCAUCUUUCGUUGCAAUGUUUUUUAUUUGCCUAUGUCCCAUUUCAAAAAUUUGGUGGAUGCCGUUAACAUGUUGGUGCUUAAGCGUGUGUCUAUCGCGUAUAUUGAUGCAGCGUCAUUAUAUAUUAGACGUUCUUGCUGGAUGUGUUCUUGGUUUCAUAGAGAUUUAUUUUUUAAAUAUUAUUUGGAUAAGCGAAAGUACAUCACAAUAUAUAAUUAACUUUGUUGCAAAUGAUGAAUUACCUAUUGACGUGGAAUAGCAAAUUUAUAAUUUUUUGAGCAUUUUAAAAUACUUACCCCCAUUUUCACAAUGUGUAGUUAUUUUUUAACUUUAAGAUAUAUUAACAAUUCUCAUACAAAAAUUAACUGGAAGAAUAACUACCAGUUAAACCAUAACUGAAGGUUGUGAAAAUGGGGGUUAUAUAAUUUGUUUAUAAAAAUAAAUAUAAAAUUUCGAAAAUUUA